ACGCCUCGCUUUUCUCCACCGUCUAACCGGCUUUACUUUUAGCUCGUACUGGACAUUUUCACACACAUAUAUACACGCAUAUAUCUACAUUUGUUUUGUUUUUCACAAGAACAGCCUGCGACUGUAUGGAUAAGAUACAACUUUUCUGAUGGUGAUUUAAGCCAUGCCCUGCGUCCAGGCUCAGUACGGCUCGUCGCCGCAGGGCGCGAGUCCCGCCUCGCAGAGCUACAGCUACCACACCAGCGGCGAGUACAGCUGCGACUUCCUAACACCCGAGUUCGUAAAGUUCAGCAUGGAUCUGACCAAUACCGAGAUUACGGCCGCUACCACGUCUCUACCAAGCUUUAGUACGUUUGUGGACAGCUACAACCCCGGCUACGACGUCAAACCUCCGCCGUGUCUGUAUCAGGUGCCUCCUGCGCACACCUCCGAACAGCCCUCUAUUAAAGUAGAGGAUGUGCCCAUGCACGGGUACCACCACCACCACCACCAUCACCACCCACACCCACAUCAGCAGCAGCCACAGGGUCACUUGGGCCCGCAGGAGGAUGUGAUGGCACACUCUGGCUCGGUUUAUUUCAAGCCGUCUGCUUCACCACACGCGCCUGGCGGCGGACCUAACUUUCACGUGCAGCCGAGCCACGUGUGGGAGGACGCGAGCUCACUGCACGCCUUCCACCAGAACUACGUGGCGGCCGCCUCUCACUCCAUGGAGCAGCGCAAGAACCCUGUGUCGCGCCUUUCGCUCUUCUCCUUUAAGCAGUCGCCCCCGGGGACGCCCGUGUCCAGCUGCCAGAUGCGCUUCGACGGCCCGCUUCAUGUGGCUAUGAGUCAUGAGGGCCCAGGUGCGCACCGGGCCCUGGACGGCCAAAGUUUUGCGGUGCCCGCCGCUGUGCGGAAACAGGCGGGAGUCGCAUUCCCGCAUUCUCUACAACUCGGCCACGGACACCAGCUCCUCGACGCGCAGAUGCCUUCGCCACCAUCCAGAGGCUCUCCGUCAAACGAGGGGAUGUGCGCUGUGUGCGGGGAUAAUGCAGCAUGUCAGCAUUACGGUGUGCGCACAUGCGAGGGGUGCAAAGGCUUCUUCAAGCGCACAGUGCAGAAAAAUGCGAAAUAUGUGUGUCUGGCGAACAAAAACUGUCCUGUUGAUAAGCGCCGGAGAAACAGGUGUCAGUACUGUCGCUUCCAAAAGUGCCUAGUGGUCGGGAUGGUUAAAGAAGUUGUUCGGACUGCCAGUCUGAAGGGCCGGAGAGGACGUUUACCUUCCAAACCCAAAAGUCCACCGGAUGCGGCACCUCCAUCACCCCCAGUCAGCCUCCUCAGUGCGCUGGUCAGAGCUCAUGUGGACUCAAACCCCAACAUGUCCAACCUGGACUACUCGAGGUUCCACGCGGGUCCUGAUUACCAGCUGACCGGAGACGACACGCAACACGUGCAGCAGUUUUACGACCUGCUCACGGGAUCGAUGGAGAUCAUCCGCGGCUGGGCCGAGAAGAUCCCGGGCUUCACCGAGCUGCUCAAACAGGACCAGGAUCUGCUUUUCGAGUCUGCUUUUCUCGAGCUCUUCGUUCUGCGCCUCGCCUACAGGUCCAACCCAAUGGAGGGGAAGCUGAUCUUCUGUAACGGCGUUGUGAUGCACCGGCUUCAGUGUGUACGUGGUUUCGGCGAGUGGAUCGACGCUAUCGUAGAGUUCUCCUCCAGCUUACAGAGCAUGAACGUGGACAUCUCGGCCUUCUCGUGCAUCGCCGCGCUCGCCAUGGUCACAGAGAGACAUGGGCUGAAGGAGCCGAAGAAAGUGGAGGAGCUCCAAAACAAGAUAGUGAACUGUUUGAAGGACCAGGUGGCGUUUAACGGCGCUGCACUGAACUGCCCGAACUACUUGUCCAAGCUCCUUGGGAAGCUGCCGGAGCUGCGCACUCUGUGCACACAGGGCCUACAGCGCAUAUUCUACCUGAAACUGGAAGACCUGGUGCCUCCUCCCGCAAUAAUCGACAAACUGUUUCUUGACACGCUACCCUUUUAAACAACAACAAAGGAAGAAAGAGACAUUUUUUUUCUCAAGAAGACCUCAACGAACUUCCACAGACUCCUUUUAAGAGUCAGAAAGCUACUGAAGUUUUUAUUAUUAUUAUUAUUAUUAUUAUUAUUAUUAUUAUUAUUAUUAUUAUUAUUAUUUUAAUUUUACGAAUUAAGGACAUUGGCAGUCCAUGUUGGGAUUCAUGAGGAACGAACACAUUCACACGCACGCACGCACGCCCGCACACACACACACACACACACACACACACACACACACACACACACACACACACACACACACACACACACACACACAGAGUUAUGCGAGAGUUAUGCAUUUUCAUUUGAACCCUCUUUGCAAUUUUAUGCUAUUAUAUUAAACGACCCAUAAACAAACAGAAAGGGGGCUCGGUUCUGAAGUUACUCUUGGACUGAUGGUGACAAAAUAAAUCUCCAAAACAUUACUCUGUUUAUUGACUCCAAAACAGUUUUAAAUCAUUGGGAAACACACAUUAAAUGUACUAUAAUAGUAUUAUACUGCACACAGGUUCGAUUUAUGUCGUCAAAGUGUAUAAAGAUGACACGUUUCUUUCUUUCUUUCUUUCUUUCUUUCUUUCUUUCUUUCUUUCUUUCUUUCUUUCUUUCUUUAAUAUCUUGUGCCUGUGUAUUUCUGUCAGGAUCAGAGAGGAGGCCACGCAUGUUGUAGAGGACUAUAGGCACUUGCUAUCGAGGUGAUGCUGUCUAUAUAAAACAUGAUUAUUAAUAUUAUUCCGGACACUAUGUAGUCUGCUAGAUUUUAUAUAUAAGAGAGAGAGAGAGAGAGAGAGAGAGAGAGAGAGAGAGAGAGAGAGAGAGAGAGAGAGAGAAAAUCCGUAGUGGACAUCUUUUAUGUAUAGAACAUGUGAGGAGGAGAAAAACAAUAUUUAAUCUGUAUAUAGGUAAAGAAAAAAAAUCAGAAAGGACCCAUAGUGUUUGUAAGACUGUCAGCCAUUCCUUGUUUGUAUGUGUUGUAUGUAUUGUUGCUGUUUAAUAUAAAUGUUUCUAUAUUUAUGAUUUUUGUUGCAAAGAUUU